GUCGGAGAAGACGCAUGUUCCGAAGGGCCAGUUCUUUAUGUGAACAACAAAGGAAGAAAAUAGUUGCAGACGUGUUACUGUGUGAUGUCUGUCCCUUGCACAUAUAUGAGGGUUAUGUUGUUGAUGGAACAGCGGCAAAUUCAGACCAGAAUGAACAAUUCCACAUAGAAGGAACUGUGGAUGAUUCUGUCAAGAGUCCAGGUCAAGUUUGGCAGAAUCUUAGUCCUUCAGGUGUAAAUAACGCUGAUUCAUACCGAGCAAUGGAUGCUUUUUCGUCAUCCAAGUCAAAGUUUCGUGGGAAAGAAGGUUGUGAGCCUUUACUCAACCUUCGAAAAGAGUUUGCAGAAGAUGAAGCUGAGAGUCGCAAGGUUGUUCAAGUGCAAAACGGUUGUGAUGCAGAAAUGAAUACAGGUUGCCGGGAUAGCACGAGUUCAAAUAGCCAAAGACAUCUGCUGUCAAAUAGUUUUGUAGAUUCUGAAGAGUGUGAAGAACAGUUUACUUGUUUGAGUACAGAUGAAUGCUCCAUUUGUUUGGAAAGCAUAAGAGUGGGAGACUAUAUGCGCAAGUUACCUUGUGGACAUAUAUUUCAUGCCACUUGUGUCGAACGAUGGCUGUUACAUGCACAUCGAUGUCCUUUAUGUAACAAAGAUUUGAUCUCAUGUUUGAAUCGCAAAGUUUCCAUGGAAGAUAACAGUUGGUUGAAUAUUUGGGCACAAAGCGAACGUCGAAGGAGACCUGGAUGGAAUCGCCCUUUUGCGCACAUUCGUUAUUUGUUCCAAGAACAUCCUUUUGAAUGGAAUCAUUUACAACUUUUGUUUGAGAAUAAUGAGAAUGUAUCUGAAAUACCUGAAGAUACUGUUUAAGUAUUCCAACUUGCUUGUGGAACUUUAACAAAGAUAUUGAAUGUAUAU